UUUCGAUGACAGCAGGCGUUUACGGGAUGCGUGGGGUUGGUAAUGUAACGUAACGUGUUGGUUCUCGCCUGUGCUUGCAACACCGCGUUUCAGAAAAGAAGGACCAAUAACACGAGACGGAGGCUGCAGGACACGUGAAGCAGCCUCGUGGAUAUCGAUAGCCUUGAAAGCCCAGUUGCAUUCACAAGACCUCGGCUCUAAAGGCGCAAAUUGCAUAUAACUUACCUUGCAAACACUCCAACAAAGAGCCUCGUUCCCACCUCCCUCUUUAUCGCAAGUUCAAGCCACAACCCUCGAUCAUGUCUCUCCUCAUGUCGUACCCUGGCAAGGGGUUAUGGGUGUUGGGUGCGAUUUUCGUCACUCUCGCCAAGCUACCUGUCCUCAGUCUCUACUAUCUCUUCCAACGUCCCCAUGCCGGCUGGACAGUUCGUCAAGCGCUCAUGAACAACCUGAUGCGCGCAUUUCUCUACCACUCAGCCAUAGUUCGAGCAAAGACUCCUCUGGCGCUUGGGCCGGGAAAAGAGGGGGAACGAUUCGUCACGAUGCCGCCUGUGGGGGACGAGUGCCUUAGUGGUAUUGUGGACGACAAGACGAUUCGCCCGGUUACGACGGGAGGAACAUGGUAUCCGUCUCUUCCCCCACAGGGUUGCAAGGAUAGGGUGAUCCUCCAUCUACAUGGGGGCGGCUACGCUAUCGGCGAAGGACGUGCGGCGGACGCUGCUUAUGCGGGGAAAACACUGACCCAGAACUCAGCCCCGUACGCCCUGUUCGUUCAAUACCGCCUCGCCAGCAACAGUGCGGGCCGUUUUCCUGCUGCUCUGCAAGACGCUCUCUCUUCGUACGCCUUCCUACUAUCCCAAGGGUUUGAGCCAGGCAACAUCAUCAUCUCUGGCGACUCAGCGGGCGGGCACAUUGCGCUGGGCUUGCUUCGCUAUCUCUCCACCACGGGCAAAGAUCUGUUGCCACCCCCACGAGCCUUGCUCCUUUGGAGUCCGGCAAUUGACCUCGAAGCCGCCAAAAAUCCUUCGACUGUUUAUGGCAGCGAGUACUACGACACCGAUUACCUCGUGGGCAAUUUCUCUAGCUGGGGCGCGGAGAAGUUCACCGAGGAUUUGGACCUCUCACAGAAUGCGCUGAGAGAGUAUGUUGUGCAGCUAGGCCACCCAUUCCGCUCGUGUUCCCCCAUCUGGAUCUGUGUAGGUUCACUGGAAGUCCUGAAGCCCGAAGGCUUGCAUAUCGCGCGAGAGCUGCGGGAGAUGGGCAGCGUUGUAGACACACACGAGAUUUCUGGUGCUCCGCAUGACAUACUAUUCGUCGGAAAUAUAUUGGGCUUUGAGAGCGAGGCCGUUGAGGCCGCGAAGCUUGCUCGUCAUUUCAUCGAGAAAAACCAUCAUGCAUGA